GAUCAACAUGGCGCCCAGAGAAUGGGGACGGCUUCUCCAAGCCCGUUCUCGCCUGCCGGUCCUCAUAUGGGAACUCAAAUGUCUCCUUCACAAUCCGACCACCCAAGUCGGGUCAAUACACCACAAAACAACUCGUUCAUGCCAGGUCAGCAUUUCCCACAAGGAAUGGGCCCUGGCUUCUCGCCCUCGCCCGCAAUGACAUCCUCUUCCGGGCAGCCGCCAAUGCAGGCGCAAUUCGGUGGUAUGCCUCAGGGUUACCAACAGGCAUUCGCCGCGCAGCAGCAGCAACAACAGCGGAUACAUGCUAUGCAAAUGCAGAACCAAAACCGCGCUAUGAAUAUGAAUCCCGCAGUGGCUGGCCGUCCCAUGGUAGCGGGCAUGAACGCCAUGGCAAAUCCACAGCAAAUGGCUGCUAUCAGGCAGAUGCAGCAGACCAUGGCGAAACCCCCGAACCCAGAGGGUUUUAUGCGAUCUUUGCAGAAAUUCAUGAUGUCAAGGAAUUUGCCUCUUGAUCCUAAUCCUGUUGUCUCUGGUCGCCCUAUCAAUCUUGUACAGCUUUAUGCGACUGUUAUGAAACUUGGGGGCUCAAAAAAGGUCACAGCUGCAAACAUGUGGCCAGUGAUAGCCCAACAACUCCAAUUCCCCCCUGUUCAAUUUCCCAUGGCUGUUCAGGAGAUUCGCGAACUUUAUCAGAGAAAUCUCGCUGCGUACGAACAAGCUUUUCUCAGCAGUCAGCAGAAACAGUUCUCAGACCAAGCUCAACCGCCUUCUGUACCACGACAGCCCAGUGAUCCAUCAGGCAUGCAAUUCCAAUCUCCCGCUGUUAAACCCGCACCAGGAUUCGACGGCUCUCAGCAAUUAGGGCACGCCUCUCCUGUUAGCACAUCAACUCCGAGUAGUGCGCACCAAGGCGCUGUUAAUGGCUUCGCGACUCCCACGCCAGCCAAAGCACAAAAUAAACAGCAACAAAACCAACAUCGUCUAAGUGUUUCCCGCCAAUCUCAACCACCAGCUACACCUCAUGACCUUAAUGGACCAUUGUCUACCCAGUCUCCAGUUCAGUCUGAGAAGGGACCUGGCUCUGCCGCUGGGAAACCGGCCGAUGAGGUUGAUCAGUCCUCUACCCGACCUCUCGGGCAUCCGAUUCAAGACACAUUCAAGCCUAUGGUAAUCUCAGAUCAUAAACUCCAUGGUCCAGUUGCUGUCGGGGAGAUGUACCAACUGGGAGAGGAAAUUACAAGGUUAAAACCAAAUGUGCCAACGUUUGCUGAGCUUGGUGUCAUUGAUAUCCAUGCUCUGACUAUGGGCAUCAAAUCUGGAAUUCAUGCAGAAAUUCGAAUGGCAUUAGAUACGCUUGUUUCGCUUUCGUCCGAGCCCGGGGUCCAAAUAUCAUUGGAUAACUGUGAUGACUUGGUUGACAGCCUGGUAGAAUGCGCAGAGGACCAAGCCGAUUUAUUAGCGGAGCAUUCCCCAGAGGUCUCAGAAAUGAUGCUAUUACCAUCUUAUGAAGAGAUUAAACGGGGUUGUCAGUCUGAAUGGUCUUCCCUGGCCACAGUUUCUGAGUUUGGAAGCACCGAAUACGAAUUGGAUCGGGCUGUCGACAGGCUCAUAUGUAUUUCCACAAUUCUGCGCAACUUUUCCUUCAUCGAGUCUAAUUUUGACAUAUUAUCGACGCCUCCGGUUGUUGAAUUUAUCUCAACAAUCGUUCGGUAUCUUGGCACCAGGAACAUGCUCCUCAGAUCAUACCAGAACACGUUGGAUUUCAUGAAGGAUACCGUCACCUACCUGAGUAAUGUGGCGCAUGCUAUCCAUUUACCAAGCAAAGAAGAUGCUGAUUGUCUUUUACACUUUCUUCUAUCCUUUGCGCCGUUCCCGGGGCCAACUAUGUUAUCCGAUGGCGUCAUGUUCACAACCUAUAAUCCGUCUGUUCAUAAAUAUACGCCGGCUGCUGUUGAUAGUUUGGCAAAACUUUUGGCACGAGACGAACCAAAUCGGACGUUUUUCCGCUCAAUAUUCUCCAGCGAUGGGGCCUCCACCGCUCAGCAAGAGCUUCUGACCCGGGCCUUUAGUCUGGCCAUCUGCCCUGUUCCUAAUCAGCCUAGGAAGCCGCUGGCAGUAGCAGACAGUCGCAAAGUAUUUCUCAUGCAGGGCCUUUUGGCCGCAGACAUUCUCUCUGGGUUUGCUGAAGGGACAACUGCCAAAUCUUGGCUUGAAUCCGUGGAUGGAUUUGCUAUACAUCUCCUCCGCCUUUCUUGCCUUCUAAGCACAGAGCGUGUUCCACCGCCACUCCCGAACCCUCGUCAAACCCACGCUGCCAGGGCGCAGGCUGAGGCUGAGGCCGAAGCCUACGGUUCUAUCAUCAACCGAGGUUUAGCAAUUCUUCGGCGCUUAGCUGAGAAGUCGAAAUAUGCUGAUACAAACUCAACGCUGCGAUUCCCAUCUGGAAUCCUCCCCAAGAAGGAAAGUCUACUUGGCGCACUGUUGAUGCCGAAUGUCGACCCAAGUGUCGUCCGACAACUGAUAACGUACGCACGGCUUGCGGAAUGAUGA